AUGUCUAACUCUCUCGACCAGCUGAAGGCCACUGGCACUGUCGUCGUCUGCGACUCCGGUGACUUCGCCACCAUCGGAAAAUACAAGCCGCAAGAUGCCACCACCAACCCCUCCCUCAUCCUCGCCGCCUCCAAGAAGACCGAGUACGCUAAGCUGAUCGACGAGGCCUGCUCAUAUGCCAAGGGCAAGGGUGGUGAUCUCGACCACCAAGUUGAUGCUGCGCUGGACCGACUCCUGGUUGAGUUCGGCAGGCAGAUUCUGCAGAUCAUCCCCGGCAAGGUCUCAACUGAGGUUGACGCUCGCUUCUCUUUCGACACCAAGGCCUCAGUCGACAAGGCCCUACACAUCAUCGAGCUGUACAAGGAGCUGGGUAUCGGAAAGGAACGCAUCUUGAUUAAGAUCGCCUCGACAUGGGAGGGCAUCAAGGCUGCCGAGAUCCUGCAGCGGGACCACGGUAUUAACUGUAACCUGACCCUCAUGUUCUCGACCGUCCAGGCCAUCGCCGCUGCCGAGGCCAACGCUUUCCUCAUCUCCCCCUUCGUCGGACGUAUCCUUGACUGGUUCAAGGCCUCAACCAAGAAGGAGUACAAGAAGGAGGAGGACCCUGGUGUCAAGUCGGUCCAGACCAUCUUCAAUUACUACAAGAAGUUCGGCUACAAGACCAUCGUUAUGGGUGCCUCCUUCCGAAGCGUUGGCGAGAUCACUGAGCUGGCUGGCUGUGACUACUUGACCAUCUCGCCCAACCUGCUUGAGGACUUGAUGAACUCCAAGGAUGAUGUCCCCAAGAAGCUCGACGCCUCUGACGCCAACUCGCUUGACCUCAAGAAGCAGUCGUUCAUCAACGACGAGCCCCUCUACCGCUUUGAGUUCAACGAGGACCAAAUGGCCACCGAGAAGCUGCGUGAGGGUAUCAGCAAGUUCGCUGCCGACGCUAUCACCCUGAAGGAUAUCCUCAAGAAGAAGAUCAGCGCAUAG